AUGGAGGGCAAAGGAGGCCAAAAGAGGCCAAAAGAGGCCAAGGAGGCCAAAGGAGGAAAAUGGAGGCCAAUGGAGGCCAAAGGAGGAAAAUGGAGGCCAAAGGAGGCCAUGGAGGCCAAUGGAGGCCAAAGGAGGCCAAAGGAGGCCAAAGGAAGGCCCCGGGAACCCCGGGGCGCAGGGACCCAAGGCGCUGAGGGAGCUCCUGGAGGCGGCCCAGGGGCCUCGGGAGCUGCUGGAGCUGAGCGAGGAGCCGGGGCUGAGCAGCAACCAGGCCUCGCUGCUCAUCGGCCGCCUGUCCCGCCUGGCCGCUCAGCAGCAGCUGGAGCCGCAGGGCUUGCUGCAGGACCCUCGCUUCAAGCAGCUCCUCGGCGUGAUGGACUCGCAGAUCUCCCAGGUGUGGAACAACGCCCUGGUGAACGUCCUGAAGAGCCUCUACUCGCUGGGGCUGCCGAGCAGCAGCCGGGAGUUGCAGUCGGUGGAGCACGAGGUGCUGUGGAGGCUGCGCCGCCUCACCUUCCGCCAGAUCGCCUCCCUGGCCGAAUUCUGGCCUCCAGACCCCAAAAAGACAACAAACUGCUGGCCGAGGUGGUCAGGAAGCUGGAGCUGCGCUGGACGGAGCUGGAGGGCACCCGCAGCGUGGUGACGCUGAUAGCCAAGGUCGGCCACGUCUCCCCCGCCCUGAUGGACCGCCUGGAGGACAAGGCCCUGGAGCUGGCGGAGCACUUCAGCCCCGAAGAUAUCCGCAAGAUCACCCUGGCCCUGGCCUACCAGAACCGCCGCUGCGUGCCCCUGCUGCGCGCCCUGUCCUACCACCUCCUGCAGAAACACACCGAGCUCGACCUCGCCACCCUGACCGACCUGAUUUUUGCUUAUGGUGAGCCCCUCGGCCGCGCUGGGACCCGGCGAGCUCCUGUAGGGUGCUCGAGUUGCGCUCUGAGAUCCUCGGGGUGAGCUGGGACGGAGCAGGGAGGCUGGCAGCGGGGUGCCAGCCAGCA